AUGCCUUUUUCUGCCAACUUCUUCGGACGGAAGACUAAGGCCUGCCCAGCCCCCUGUCCGGCUGGGCCGCGAGUGUAUUCGAAGGCUUUGGAUUCGAACGCGCGAUUUUCCUUGCUCCUACUUAACUUGGAGGAAUACUACUUUGAACAACACACAGCUAAUCACAUUCAGAACAAGGGCGGUCAGAAUGAAAGGAAAAUCAGAGGCUCCUUAAAAAUAUGUUCAAAAUCAGUUAUUUUUGAACCAGAUACAAUAUCCCAGCCCAUCAUUAAGAUUCCUUUGAGAGAUUGCAUAAAAAUAGGAAAAUAUGGAGAAAAUGGAUCCAAUAGACACUUUGCAAAGGCAAAAUCCGGGGAGAUUUCACUCAUUUUCAGUCAGGUAUAUUUCAUUAAAGAACACAACAUUGUUGCCCCAUAUAAAAUCGAAAGGGGCAAAAUGGAGUAUGUGUUUGAAUUGGAUGUUUCAGGGAAACUGGAGGACGUUGUGGAGACCUUGCUUCAGCUUCACAGAGCAUCUUGCCUUGACAAACUAGGGGACCAAACUGCUAUGAUAACAGCUAUUUUGCAGUCACGUUUGGCUAGAACGUCAUUUGACAAAAACAGAUUCCAGAGUGUGUCUGAAAAGCUGCACAUGGAAUGCAAAGCGGAAAUGGUGACGCCGCUGGUGACGAAUCCUGGACACGUGUGCAUCACUGACACAAACCUGUAUUUCCAGCCUCUCAACGGGCACCCGAAACCUGUGGUCCAGAUAACACUCCAAGAUGUCCGCCGCAUUUACAAAAGGAGGCACGGCCUCAUGCCUUUGGGCUUGGAAGUGUUUUGCACAGAAGACGAUCUCUGUUCUGACAUCUACCUAAAGUUCUAUGAACCUCAAGAUAGAGACGACCUCUAUUUUUAUAUUGCCACGUAUCUAGAGAACCACGUCGCGGAGCGCACGGCCGAGAGCUACACGCUGCAGUGGCAGCGCGGGCACCUCUCCAACUACCAGUACCUCCUGCACCUCAACAACCUGGCGGACCGCAGCUGCAACGACCUCUCUCAGUACCCCGUGUUCCCGUGGGUAAUCGACGAUUACUGCAGCGCCGAACUGGAUUUGUCAAAUCCAGGAACCUUCCGGGAUCUUAGCAGGCCAGUAGGGGCCCUAAACAAGGAACGGCUGGAGAGACUCCUGACACGCUACCAGGAAAUGCCUGAGCCAAAGUUCAUGUACGGCAGUCACUACUCUUCCCCGGGUUAUGUGCUCUUUUAUCUUGUCAGGAUCGCACCCGAGUACAUGCUGUGCCUGCAGAAUGGAAGAUUUGAUAACGCAGAUAGAAUGUUCAACAGUAUUGCAGAAACUUGGAAAAACUGUUUGGAUGGUGCAACAGAUUUUAAAGAGUUGAUUCCUGAAUUCUAUGGUGAUGAUGUCAGCUUUUUAGUCAAUAGUCUGAAGUUGGAUCUGGGAAAGAGACAAGGAGGGCAGAUGGUUGAUGAUGUGGAACUUCCGCCCUGGGCCCGGAGUCCCGAGGACUUUCUCCAGAAGAGCAAAGACGCGUUGGAAAGCAAUUAUGUGUCAGAGCACCUUCACGAGUGGAUUGAUCUAAUAUUUGGCUACAAGCAAAAAGGGACUGAUGCCAUUGGGGCCCAUAAUGUAUUUCAUCCUCUGACCUAUGAAGGAGGCGUGGACUUGAACAGCAUUGAGGACCCUGACGAGAAAGUCGCCAUGCUGACCCAAAUCUUGGAGUUUGGCCAGACGCCAAAACAGCUCUUUGUGACACCACAUCCUCGACGGAUCACCCCAAAGUUUAAAAAUUUCUCCCAAACCUGCAGUCACAAUGCCCCCCUGGCAGAUUCCCCAGUCUCUCCAGGUGAAGAGUCUUUUGAAGACCUGACCGAAGAAAGCAAAAGCCUGGCCUGGAAUAACAUCACCAAACUGCAGUUACACGAGCAAUAUAAAAUCCACAAAGAGGCAGUUACUGGAAUAGCCGUCUCUUGCAACGGGUCUUCGGUCUUUACAACCUCGCAAGAUUCUACCUUGAAGAUGUUCUCCAAGGAAUCCAAAAUGCUACAAAGAAGUAUAUCGUUUUCAAAUAUGGCUCUAUCAUCUUGUUUACUUUUGCCAGGAGAUGCCACUGUCAUAAGUUCUUCGUGGGAUAAUAACGUCUAUUUUUACUCUAUAGCAUUUGCGAGACGCCAGGACACAUUAAUGGGACAUGACGAUGCCGUUAGUAAGAUCUGUUGGCAUGACAACCGACUGUAUUCCGCAUCGUGGGACUCCACGGUGAAGGUGUGGUCUGGCAUUCCUGCAGAAAUGACCUGCACCAGAAGACAGCGCUUUGACAUGCUGGCCGAGCUGGAACACGACGUCAGUGUAGAUACAAUUAGUUUAAAUGCUGCAAGUACACUGUUGGUUUCAGGCACCAAAGAAGGCACAGUGAAUAUUUGGGACCUCACUACGGCCACCAUAUUGCACCAGAUCCCAUGCCACUCAGGGACUGUAUGUGAUACUGCUUUUAGCCCAGACAGUCGCCAUGUCCUCAGCACAGGGGAAGAUGGCUGUCUAAACGUCAUAGAUGUGCAGACAGGGAUGCUCAUCUCUUCUCUGACUUCAGACGAGCCCCAGAGAUGCUUUAUCUGGGAUGGAAAUUCUGUUUUAUCUGGAAGUCAGUCUGGUGAGCUACUUGUUUGGGACCUGCUCGGAGGAAAAAUCAGUGAGAGAAUACAGGGCCACACAGGUGCUGUGACAUGUAUAUGGAUGAAUGAACAGUGUAGCAGUAUCAUCACGGGAGGGGAAGACAGACAAAUUAUGUUCUGGAAAUUGCAAUACUAAGUGCCUUUUCCUCUCUUGAAUGUUAAGUUGAACUCUAUUUAAUGUAUUUUUAAACCAGACUUUUAAAUGAACUGGUGAAUGUGCAAUGAUAGUAAUUAGAAGUUUUACCACAUGAGACAUUUGUGGUUUUAAACUUCCUAAAUCAUGGCAACUUCAAUGAAAGCCAUUGGUUGCCAUCCUGUAAGGCAGACAGAUAUGGCAGUGUUAGGGAGGAAGCGUUACAUUUGUAAGGCAGACGAUCAUCCCAGUAUGCUGAUGGUCAGAAGACAGGUUUGGGUGGCAAAGUAAAGUAGCUAAGAGAUACGAAACUGAAAUGGGAAAACUUUCAGAAAACAUUGAACAAUUCAGAAUUUUCCAAGAAAAUGUGCAGUAUACUCUACUACUUCUGAGUCACUCUGUUUUGUCUUCCUAACCUACAGAAUUGCUGCCCAUCUGGGUUUUUGGGUAUGUGUUUUCAUGAAGUGGUUACUUUGUAUAACCUACUGUCCUCAGAUUCUAAGAACCUGGGGAAAGAUUAACAAUUCUUGUAACAGUAAGUUUACUGUGUAUAGGAACGGUUUAUUUCAUUAUAGCUAUUAAAUGCUCAUCUUUUCUACAUUAAAAAUAUUUUUCUGUAAUGAAAGCAGUUUUCAUUUUCUUAUUUAAGUGAUUUAUUAUUACCAAGAUUAGUACCUUUUAAGAGCUUCAAGUAUUGAUCCUUCUAGAAAACCAUACUUAAGUGAUGUGAAUGUCAUUCAUUCUUACAUUUUUGGAACCAACCUCAGACCCAAAUCUAGGCAACGAGGUAGGUAAACUGGGAAACAUUCGGUUUGCUUUUCCGAAUUUCAACAAGGUAAGCUGUAAAGCAACACUGCUGAUUUCCUUUUAUAUUAUGACAAUGUUUUUAAAGACUAUAGAAGAGUUUUAUUUUGUAGGCUGUAUGACAUGGAGGAAAAAUGACCCAGGGUAACAGUUUUCAAAGUUCGUCGUGUCAUUAAACAGGACUCAGUCUCAGGUGUUGCAGGGAGCGUCCGUGGCCUCCGUGCGGUCCUGAUGCUCAGCCUGAAGCGUGCAGGCUGGCCAUCUGCGGUUCACAGGUUGAAGCACUUCUCCUAACACACACUCUACUGUCUCGGCAGAGCGCUUCCGGAUGGCCGCUGCUCUGGGAGACAAUUCCCAUGGGCCCAAGGUGGGAACUUCACAUUCAAGUUUGGUGAAAGGCACGGACAGUUUCCAAAUGAUGCAAGAGACUAAAAGUCAACUUUAUUUAUACAUAUUGAAUUAGAUGGAAUAGGCAUAAACCAAAAAGAAAAAAAUGAGGGUAAAGGUCACUGCCAUUUUGUUUGUGGGGAGGGGUCAGGAAAUGACCUGGGAAACAUCCUAAGACCAUCCCAAAG